AUGUUAUUAAAAUUAAUUUUAAUUCUUUGCUUUUUAGUAACCCUUUCAUUAAGUGUAAAAGUUGAUUCAGCAGAUCCAGCAUUAUUCACACAAGGACCAACUAUUGCUAGUGGUGGUACAGGUAAUACUGGCGCAAAUCCAUGCUAUGGACAUGAUGAUGAAGAUGGUUCAAAAGAUCCAGCAAUGUUUACACAAGGUCCAGUUUCAAGUGGAAGCGGUAGUGGUAGCGGUGGUUAUUGCCCACAUCACAAAAAUCGUGCUCAAGAAGGUGGUAAAAAAGAUACAACCAAAGAACAACCAAAAGAAAACAAUAAUAAUAAAAAUUUAGGUCGUCAUUCAUCAAGUGGUUCAGGUUCAGGUUCAGGUUCAGGUUGUGGUGUUACCGGUGAUACUGGUACAGGUUCAGGCAGAACUACCGCUCCAGUUAAUGAUGGUGUUACAUACAAAUCCUCAAAUGUUAAAGAAACUGAACAAUACAGAGGUGGUGCUGGUAGAGGUAAACAUAACCAAGCUACUGAAGAAAAUGUUCAAGACUGUGGUGAAAUCACUGGUUGGUAA